AUUGACUAACCGCACCCGUUGGAUCCUUCCUCCUGAUCUCAUCACCGCCAUUUAAUUCAAACACGCCCCACUACGAAUUCAAAUUUCAAAUCUUGGAACGUUGCAACCCUUCCCCAUAUCCUCUUCCUCGCUGCACUUCCAUCUCUGCCCAAUUUACAUCUAUCUCUCUUGAUCUUUGUCCCCCUCUCCGUGACACAAGCUCUGUGUCUCCUCCUCCACCACCGCCAUGGCCGCCGAGAGGAAGCUUCCCCUCCAAUCCAGCGCCGCCCACAACUCCGCUGCGGGGGGCGGUACCGCCGAAGCCCCAGCACCGGCAGGGGGCAAGAAGACGAUCGAGCAGAUCUACCAGAAGAAGACGCAGCUCGAGCACAUCCUUCUUCGCCCGGACACUUACAUCGGCUCCGUCGAGAAGCACACUCAGCCCCUCUGGGUCUACGAGAACGGCGAGAUGGUCCACCGCCCCGUUACCUACGUCCCCGGCCUCUACAAGAUCUUCGACGAGAUCCUCGUCAACGCCGCCGACAACAAGCAGCGCGACCCCUCCAUGGACACCGUGAAGGUCGAGAUCGACGUCGACGCAAACCGCAUCAGCAUCUACAACAACGGCGAUGGCGUGCCCGUCGAGAUCCACCAGGAGGAAAGGGUCUACGUGCCGGAGUUGAUCUUCGGCCACCUCCUCACCAGCAGCAACUACGACGACAACGUCAAGAAGACCACGGGUGGGCGAAAUGGCUACGGCGCCAAGCUCACCAACAUCUUCUCCGCGGAGUUCAUCAUCGAGACCGCCGAUGGGAGGAGGCAGAAGAAGUAUAAGCAGGUUUUCUCUGACAACAUGGGGAAAAGGUCCGAUCCCUCAAUUACCAAGUGCAAGGAAGGGGAAAACUGGACAAAGGUGACCUUUAGGCCAGAUCUUGCCAAAUUUAACAUGACUCGUCUCGAGGAAGACGUGGUUGCACUCAUGAAGAAGAGGGUUGUUGAUCUCGCUGGAACCCUCGGCAAGUCCGUCAAGGUAGAGUUGAAUGGGCAACGGAUACCUGUAAAGACUUUCUCCGAUUACGUCAACUUGUACCUUCAGUCUGCAUCGAAGUCCAGAACUGAACCACUUCCAAGGAUCGCGGAGAAGGUUAAUGAAAGGUGGGAGAUUUGUGUCAGUCUAAGUGAAGGGCAGUUCCAGCAGGUUAGCUUCGUGAAUGGUAUUUCAACGAUCAAGGGAGGAACUCACGUUGAGUGUGUUACUAAUCAGAUCACCAACCAUAUAAUGACCGUCGUAAACAAGAAAAACAAGAAUGCUAACCUUAAAGCACACAAUGUGAGAAGUCAUCUAUGGGUAUUCGUCAAUGCCCUCAUCAAUAACCCUGCCUUCGAUUCACAGACCAAAGAAACCUUGACUACUCGUCAGGGAAGCUUUGGAUCAAAGUGUGAGCUCUCACAAGAGUUCCUUAAGAAGGUUGCUAAAUCAGGAGUCGUAAACACUCUGCUUACAUGGGCUGAUUUCAAGCAGAGCAAGGAAUUGAAGAAAACAGAUGGUGCCAAAAGGCAGAGGAUUACAGGCAUUCCCAAGCUCGAGGAUGCUAACGAUGCUGGUGGCAGGAACUCCGAUAAGUGUACCUUGGUAUUGACUGAAGGAGAUUCUGCAAAGGCUCUUGCUAUGGCUGGUAUCUCGGUAGUGGGCAGGAACUACUAUGGUGUGUUCCCACUGAGAGGGAAACUGCUGAAUGUCAGAGAAGCUAACCAUAAGCAGAUAAUGGAUAAUGCAGAAAUCCAGAACGUAAAGCAAAUUCUUGGUUUGCAGCAUGGAAAGGAGUAUGAUAGUACUAAAGGCUUGAGAUAUGGCCAUCUCAUGAUAAUGACAGAUCAGGAUCAUGAUGGCUCGCACAUCAAGGGCCUCCUCAUCAACUUUAUUCAUACAUUUUGGCCCUCGUUGCUAAAAGUUCCCUCAUUUAUGGUUGAGUUUAUAACACCUCUUUUGAAGGCAACUAAUAACAAGAACAAGACUGUUCUAUCAUUCUAUUCCAUGCCAGAGUAUGAAGCAUGGAAAGAAAGUUUGGGAGGGAAUUCAAGUGGUUGGUCAAUUAAGUAUUAUAAGGGGUUAGGGACAAGUAAAUCAGAAGAAGGCAAAGAGUAUUUUAAGGACAUAGACAAGCACAAAAAGGAAUUUGUAUGGGCGGAUGAGCAAGAUGGUAAUGCUAUUGAGUUAGCAUUCAGCAAGAAAAAGAUUGAGGCUAGAAAGAAUUGGCUCCGCCAAUUUGAGCCGGACAAUUAUCUUGAUCAAAAGCAGAAGCUUAUCAAAUACAGUGAUUUCAUCAACAAGGAGUUGAUCCUGUUCUCCAGGGCAGACCUACAAAGAUCAAUACCUUCAAUGGUUGAUGGCCUGAAACCAGGCCAGAGGAAGAUCUUGUUUUGCGCCUUCAAGCGGAAUUUCGUAAAGCAGGCCAAGGUUGCCCAGUUUGUAGGUUAUGUUUCUGAGAAGUCAGCAUAUCAUCAUGGUGAGCAGAGUCUUUCUACUACUAUAAUUGGUAUGGCUCAAGAUUUUGUGGGCAGCAACAACAUAAAUCUUUUGCUACCUGAAGGACAAUUUGGUACUAGACACCAGGGAGGCAAAGAUCAUGCCAGUGCAAGGUAUAUCUUCACUUGUAUGUCACCUGUCACGAGGUUCUUGUUCUCCAAGGAUGAUGAUAUUCUUCUUGACUACCUAAAUGAGGAUGGGCAAUCAAUUGAACCCACCUGGUAUAUGCCUGUCAUACCUACAGUUUUAGUCAAUGGAAGUGAAGGGAUUGGAACUGGAUGGAGUUCCUACGUUCCUAAUUACAACCCAAAAGACAUUGUAGCUAACAUUAGGCGAUUGUUGAAUGACGAACCAAUGCAACCCAUGGACCCAUGGUAUCGAGGUUUCAAGGGUCGGAUAGAGAAAUCAGCAACAAAGGAAGCUGGUGUGACCUAUACAAUUGCUGGUGUCAUAGAGGAAGUUGACAACACAACACUGAGAAUAACAGAGUUGCCGGUCCGUAGAUGGACCCAGGACUACAAGGAAUUUCUUGAGUCCAUGAUGACUGGGAAUGAUAAGAUCAAGGAACCAUUUAUCAAGGAUUAUCGGGAGUAUAAUGAUGACAAGACGGUCCACUUUGAGGUAACUUUGACAGAGGAGAAUAUGAACAUUGCCAGACAAGAAGGGCUGGAGAAAAAGUUCAAGCUGACCACAACAAUUGGCACCACCAAUAUGCACUUGUUUGAUUCGAAGGGUGUCAUAAAAAAAUAUGAUAAUCCCGAGCAGAUUCUUGAGGAGUUCUUUCAUAUGAGAUAUGAAUUUUAUGAAAAAAGAAAGAAAGCACUCUUGGACAACCUCGAGCUGGAUUUACUGAAACUGGAUAACAAAGCGAGGUUCAUCCUUGGUGUUGUUAGAGGUGAGAUAAUAGUCAGUAACCGGAAGAGAGCAGAUCUGUUCCUUGAACUGCAGCAGAAAGGGUUCACUCCUAUGCCAAAGAAAAAAAAAGGCAUUGAUGCUGUUGUCGCCGGAGCUGUGGAGGAAGAAGAAGAUCAAGAAGAAGAGAGCCCUGAGGUGGGAAAGGGUGGAGUAAAAGCCAGCGAUUACGAAUAUUUGAUGUGCAUGCCGAUAGGAAGUUUGACGUUAGAGAAGGUUCAAGAGCUUUGUGCAGAUAAAGACAGACUAGAGGGAGAGGUUGAUGAAUUAAGAAGAACAUCUGCAAAAUCUCUAUGGUUGAAGGAACUCGAUGCAUUAGAAGAGGAGCUGGAUAAGCUAGAACGAAAGGAUGCUGAGGAUGAGGGGGUGAGGAAAGAGAUGAGAAUGAAGACCACUGCCGGUCUUGCACCCUCUAGACCAGGACCGAAGAAGCCAAGAAAGAAUGCAGCAAAUAACUCAUCUGUUGUUGGAUCGGAGGCUACUGCAACUGAUGCGGGACAAAAGAAGCCUAGAGGGGCAACCAAGAGAGCUCCUGCUAAGCAGCGUGUGGUGGUUGAGAGCGGCGACGAAGACGAUGAUAUUCUUGCACUGAAAGAUCGGCUUGCUGCCUACAAUCUCGACUCUUCUCCGGAUCACCACCCAGCAAUGGAAACAACAGAUGCAGUGGUCGGGCAGGGAGAGGACAAAAAACAAGCGGACAGAAAUAGCGCUGCAACAAGGAAGGCAACUUCGAUCGACCUGUCGGAUGACGAGGAUAACGAAGCUGGAAAUCACAUGCCCGCCAUAGACGAAGACAACGAUGAGGAUUUCAGUGUGGUGGAAGCACCCAAAGGAGGGAAAGGUAGAGGGAAAAAGCCUGCCAAAGAAAAGGCUACCACGACCGCGACAAGGAAGAGGGGUUUGGCACUACCUGUUUCGAGUCAGAAACGCAUCACCGAAGUGCUUAAGCCCGCGGAAAAUGCCACCACCAGGAUCUCGCCACAGAAGAAGGUCCGGAAGAUGAGAGCUUCUCCUUUCAACAACAAAAGUGGAUCAGUGCUGGGUCGACUCAAAGGUUCACCCUCCGGCAGUGAAGACUCUGGCGGUUCCUCAAAUGGCGGCCCUUCACCGAUCAACGAAGUGGCAGCGGCAAGAACUCGACCGAGGAGAGCGAACAGUACGAGAGCUGUGUAUGUGCUGAGCGAUUCAGAGGUGGAAGAGGAAUCAGCCGAUUCAGACUUCGAAGAGUAGGAAGCUUAAAUUGUAGAGUAUAGUAGAGCCGUGUUAUUGUAACACCAUGUUGAUGUAACAGUUACUCGAGGGAAAAACUUGGACUGUAUUCUGAUGUUACUUACUGAUGUGUCCACAUAUAUUGGAA